UGAGAACAUCACUUACCAAUCACUGCCGAGGGAGGUGCAAGGCUGCUUAAAAAGAGGGUUUGUUUCAUAAAUAUAAAACACUUCCGCCCGACUCCAGAUCGCUCAACACACCAGGACAUUCAACAUUCAAAAACAACAAAGGGCUGCAAUGAGGAACUCAAUUGAGUCCAUCUUCCUUUUCAUCACUGUGCUCAACACAGCAGCUGCUGAGGAGAUUUAUGCUCAAGUGGGAGAGACUGUUACCCUUAAGACACCACACACCUCUGAAAAGGUGGACUAUACACAAUGGUUCUAUGUUAAAAAAGAUAGCCCUGUUCUUGCCUGGAUAAACAGCUUUGGUGGGAAAGGAUUUGAUGAAAAAGAGAAUUCCAUAUGGACUAAAAAGCUGUCUGUGUCUCUUGAUUCACUCGUCAUAACAAACAUCGAAGAACCGAACUUUGGGACUUUUUUCUGUAAGCUAAUUAGGUAUUCCAACAUUAUCAAAGAAACAACAUACAGAGUAACCAAGGUCGAAGUUAAGAUGAAUAAAGAAAUGCCUCUGCUGCCUGGAGACGAUCUGACUCUGACCUGCAACGUGGACACACGUCAGGGGGAACAGAAACCCGAAAUUAAGUGGCUGGAUCCCCUCAAACAGCAAAGAAUUAAUCACGGAAUCCUUAAAAUUAAAGCCACAGCUCACGACAGUGGUGAAUGGACCUGUGUUGUGAAAAAUAGUAAAGAGUUCAAGAUUUCGGUUGCAGUUGUAGACUUCUCCCCCUCUCCUGGACCUCAGUAUGCAUCUGUAAACUCCCCUCUCUUCAUCCCUUUUUCUCUUUCUCCAACCCUUUCCUUGGAGAAAAUGAAGAAAAACAUCAAGAAUGUCGAAUUGUAUUUCACUCCUAAAGGAUCCUCCGGUCAGACUCCGCAGAAGCUCUUUUACCUCUCACAGGAGAAUUCUUUCAGCUGGGACCUGAAAGAAAAUCGUGGACUGACAAAUGCCAGCCCCAAAAGUGGAAAUUUCUCUUUGCGGAAAGAUAAGGCGAACGAAUAUGACAGAGGGAACUACACAUGCGCCAUAACAUUGACAAAUGAGGAAAUUCUAACCCACACAGUACAAGUCCAGGUGUUGAAAAUCAUCCCCAUCUCAGGAGUAAAGUUAGUUUCUGGCCAGAAACUCCAACUGAGUUGUACCUUGGGUGACCACCUGCCCCCUGAUUUGGAGGUGAAGUGGUUGCCUCCUAAAAGACGGUCCAAUUUCAAAUCUAAUCUGCUGUCCUCCACGGAUCUCACAAUUGUGAGUGCGGUCAAAGAAGAUAGCGGAAAGUGGAAGUGUGAGCUGUGGCAGAAGAGCAGCAAGACACGACUGGCGUCAGCUGAGAUAACAGUGAACAUCGAGCCCUUACUGAGCGUGUGGAUGCUGGUGAUCAUCUGCAGCGCUGGAGUCAUCGUCAUCCUCCUCCUUGUACUCGCUUUCAUCCUCUACCGCCGACAGCGGAAGAGAAGACACCUCAGACGUCGACUCUGCCAGUGCAAAAACCCAAAGCCCAAAGGAUUCUACAGGACAUAAUAUCACCCAGUGGGACAUUAUCAACAACAACAAAACACAUCCAGCUGAAUUUAGUGUCACGCCUCAUCUAAACGGCCAUAUCUACUGAGCUAUGCACCUCUGUGUUAGUACGAUGGGCUGAAGGGGAAUUUGAAUGAAUACAAUCAUCUCAUUGCUGAACUGACAAAGACAAAGACAGACUUAUUAAAAAAAAAGAAGAAGUUAGUUUUACAGUUAUGCAUCUCAGCCAUUUCAGGUGGGUUUUAAAAAUCUAGUACAUAAAAGCUUGUGACCAAAUGUGAAAUUGAUGUAGAAAAGAAAACAAAAUGCAAAAAUAUGGAAAUAAUGCAAACCCUUUUUUAAAUGUAAAAUGAAAUAUCAAUUAUUCAUACGGAGAAAUAUUGAUUUUUAAAAUUGUAAAUGCUCAUUGAAAUCUAGAUGACAGCAGCAUUUUUGCCUAGGUGUUGUGUUCCCUCACUUUAAAACGUUUUUAGACACUGAAGAGACUAAAUACUGUAAUUUUUUUAAAGGAAAUAGUUUAGUCUGAUCAAAUGUUUAAUUCAUAAUACACAAAAAAAAUGUAUGCAAAUGAUACACUGCUGUACCAGACCAUUCCUAGCACGAUGUUACCUUCCCACAUGUGCAAAUGGCUCAUGCCACAUGCACUAAUGCACCCCUAUACCACUGCAGGUGCUGGCUUUUUACUGUGCUGGUUCAGGACAGAGAAUGCAUAAAGAGUGAAUAUAGAGGGGUGAUCUGUGCAGAGUGAUGGGUUGGGGUGUCGGGGGGGGUGGAUGACAUGCUGCAAAGACCUCUAGGCCACAACUGUAACCCAAGCCAACUGCGACAAAGACCUCCAGCCUCUGUAUGCUGCACUCUCUCAACCAGCUGAGCUUUCUGGCGCCCCAAUUAUUUCAAACUUUGGACUGGUGACUCAUCCAGGCUCCAGCUCCAGCCCCCCUGCAAUGCUGAACACAAUGAAGCAGGUGUAGAAAGCUGGCAUAGGCGAGAAUGAAAGGAUUCUAAAUUGUUAUUCGUCAGAUCUCAGAACAGUUUCUCUUUUGACCUAAAUCUGUCAUAAGUAAGAUCAAGACCAGAGGAAUAUUUCUACUUCUUUUUCACUUACAUUUUUUCUCUGAAUGAAUAUCAGAAAUGUUAGAUUUGUGUGAUUUAGAUCCAAUCAGAGCCGGUUAUAGGCCUCAGGCUUUGGCACACAGAUAUUUUUCCCAGAAUCUCUUAAUUUAUUCAUCACAUUAUGCGUUUUAGAUGAUUAAAUCCCCACAUUUUGUUUUUUUUGUUUUGCAAGUCUGUUAAGUAGCAUCAUUUAAAUGAGUUUAAUUAUUUGCUUGUCUCUCACAGUAUAUAACUCCUCUUCCUUGUGAUGCUAUUUUAAAUUCAGUCUUGUAACAUACACAUUGGCAGUAAUUACCACAUCCUGAUAAAAUGCCAUUUCUACUUGUUUCAAUUACAUAUAGAACUGAAUUGGUUUGAAAAUCAUUGUAAUUUGUUUGUUAAUGGUUUAUUAUGUGUUAUAUUUUUAAUGAAUACAUAUAUAUUAUAACUUACAGUAUAUUAUCACUAUAUUUGACUUGAUUUCAUUCACCUUACUGUACUUUUGACUUCUCUUUUUGUCGAUUCUAUGUAAUAUUAUGUAUAUUUUCUGUGAUGCUCCAUGUUACUGCUAUGUUAUAUCCAACAAAUGAAUCCACGUGUUUAAUUCUGUACACAUGACAAAGCUUUAUUAUUUAAAAUAAAAACAGGAUCUUUAUGGCUGACAUAAGGAUGUUGAUUUGAAUGUGAGACUGUAAAGUAUAUAUCACAAAGCUUUUCAAUAAAAGGAUCACUAUCUUUCAUAGCUGAGUGGUUUUCCUGCAGUUCUGUGGUCUUCAUGGCAGUGGGCUGGUGGCCUUCUGGCAGAUGCGUGAGUUCACGAAGCCACAGGGAAUAUCGGACCAUUUCUGAGUGUAGCUGUCCACGACCACGCAGUCUUCCCCCUCAGGUCCACCCGACAGGUUG